CCCCCCCCACCCCCCCCCCCCCCCACCCCCCCCCCCCCCCACCCCCCCCCCCCCCCACCCCCCCCCCCCCCCACCCCCCCCCCCCCCCACCCCCCCCCCCCCCCACCCCCCCCCCCCCCCACCCCCCCCCCCCCCCACCCCCCCCCCCCCCCACCCCCCCCCCCCCCCACCCCCCCCCCCCCCCACCCCCCCCCCCCCCCACCCCCCCCCCCCCCCACCCCCCCCCCCCCCCACCCCCCCCCCCCCCCACCCCCCCCCCCCCCCACCCCCCCCCCCCCCCACCCCCCCCCCCCCCCACCCCCCCCCCCCCCCACCCCCCCCCCCCCCCACCCCCCCCCCCCCCCACCCCCCCCCCCCCCCACCCCCCCCCCCCCCCACCCCCCCCCCCCCCCACCCCCCCCCCCCCCCACCCCCCCCCCCCCCCACCCCCCCCCCCCCCCACCCCCCCCCCCCCCCACCCCCCCCCCCCCCCACCCCCCCCCCCCCCCACCCCCCCCCCCCCCCACCCCCCCCCCCCCCCACCCCCCCCCCCCCCCACCCCCCCCCCCCCCCACCCCCCCCCCCCCCCACCCCCCCCCCCCCCCACCCCCCCCCCCCCCCACCCCCCCCCCCCCCCACCCCCCCCCCCCCCCACCCCCCCCCCCCCCCACCCCCCCCCCCCCCCACCCCCCCCCCCCCCCACCCCCCCCCCCCCCCACCCCCCCCCCCCCCCACCCCCCCCCCCCCCCACCCCCCCCCCCCCCCACCCCCCCCCCCCCCCACCCCCCCCCCCCCCCACCCCCCCCCCCCCCCACCCCCCCCCCCCCCCACCCCCCCCCCCCCCCACCCCCCCCCCCCCCCACCCCCCCCCCCCCCCACCCCCCCCCCCCCCCACCCCCCCCCCCCCCCACCCCCCCCCCCCCCCACCCCCCCCCCCCCCCACCCCCCCCCCCCCCCACCCCCCCCCCCCCCCACCCCCCCCCCCCCCCACCCCCCCCCCCCCCCACCCCCCCCCCCCCCCACCCCCCCCCCCCCCCACCCCCCCCCCCCCCCACCCCCCCCCCCCCCCACCCCCCCCCCCCCCCACCCCCCCCCCCCCCCACCCCCCCCCCCCCCCACCCCCCCCCCCCCCCACCCCCCCCCCCCCCCACCCCCCCCCCCCCCCACCCCCCCCCCCCCCCACCCCCCCCCCCCCCCACCCCCCCCCCCCCCCACCCCCCCCCCCCCCCACCCCCCCCCCCCCCCACCCCCCCCCCCCCCCACCCCCCCCCCCCCCCACCCCCCCCCCCCCCCACCCCCCCCCCCCCCCACCCCCCCCCCCCCCCACCCCCCCCCCCCCCCACCCCCCCCCCCCCCCACCCCCCCCCCCCCCCACCCCCCCCCCCCCCCACCCCCCCCCCCCCCCACCCCCCCCCCCCCCCACCCCCCCCCCCCCCCACCCCCCCCCCCCCCCACCCCCCCCCCCCCCCACCCCCCCCCCCCCCCACCCCCCCCCCCCCCCACCCCCCCCCCCCCCCACCCCCCCCCCCCCCCCCCCCCCCC